UUUAGUUUCGCAGAUUCUAUAUUGGGUAUAAAAUUUUAACUAUUUCAAGACAAAUCUUGUCAAAUGGCAUCACUCAGUUUCUUUACCAGCUUACUAUUGUUCGUUGUUCUGCCGAUUUCAUUGCUUGGGAAUCCAUGGGAAAAACCGGGAUGUCAUCUUACUGGUUUCAGCCUGGUGGUCAAGAAAGAAAAUUGUCAGAAAACCGUUGUACAUAUCAACGCUUGCAGAGGCUGCUGUGCAUCCCUUUCCUAUCCAUCUUCUUAUGAAACCGUCAUGCUGUCACAUGGAAGACACAAUUUCACUUCUCGUGCAUCAUGUUGCUCCAUUGCCAAAGCUCAAGUGGUGCAUUUCAAGAUCAACUGCGGCGGAGUUCCUCGAAUAGAAACCAUCCAGUCUGCUGAGCGAUGUUCGUGUGGUGUGUGCAAAGACUACUAGAUGUACUGAAUUGAUAUCACGAAGAAAAACGAACAAUAUGGUCAAUCUUAUCAUAAAUUGCACCUUUGUUACUGAGAUAUAGGUAUUAUUCAAAUAUAUACGAAGACUAAUACUUCAGAAACGAAAAUAUGUUAUUAUUGACAAUAUAUUAUUGUAUAUUUCAACUUCGACUCUGUUGUAUAUGCGCCUAUGCAUCCAUCAUUCAUCAAUUUACUAUUUUGCUGUGUAGUAGAAUUAUAUAUAUAUUAUUGCAUUUCAUUUAUUGUUGGCUUCAUUCAUAUUGCUCAUGCUUCAGGAUUUAUUUUAUAUAACUGUAUACAAUUGACUGGUAUUCUACGCCAAUCCAAUGCUGUUAACCGACGACGAAUAUCGGGCAAUGUACAUUUUUGAAGAAACAUACAAUUAGGGAACAUUGAAAAUUAGUCCUCAUAAACGAAAGAGUAAUUGGUUUUAAUAUUUAGUUGCGUUGGCUCCCCUUCAAUAAACUUAAAUAAGUGAUUCAAAUAUGAGCCACGUAUAAACAAUGAUCUAUAAAAUUAAUUCAGAUAUCACUCGUUUUUUUACUUCGUUAGAAACACCUUGCUUGUUGCUUGUAAUUGCGAUGUACUGUUAAUUUGCUAAAUAAAUCU